AUGUCCACGGCGCGUUGGCAAUGGCGGCUGGCCCAGAAGCGGGCGCACUACGAACUUCACUUCCUCAAAUCGCUCAAUUUCAGCUUCUGCCCUGCCAAUAAUCACCCCACCGUCGCAGCCCGGGCAUCCAACCCCGAUUGCGAAGUGACAGUGGAAGUCCUCGAGGACAUCAAGGCACGACCUUCCAUCAAGGCCGUCUACGAGAACGGCAUGGAAGAAGUGCUGGACCACGAGCAGCGCGUGGAGCACCUCGUCGACGAUUUCUGGAAGCGGAGGGAGCGCCUGCAGUUCUUCUCCGAGCUGCAGUUCUCAAUGAAGAACGAGGAGGAAGAGAACCCGUUCCUCAACGCCGCAGCCCAGGAGGAUGAAGCCAGAAAGAAGCAACAGCAGGCCAAGGGAGGAGCCAAGGGCAAGAAGUAA